UUUGAGGGUAGUUCCCCGAACAGUUUAACCGGCACGGAAAAACUCUAUCACAAACAGUCAGUAGAGAAGAGACCGUUCAACAAGUGUUGUGUACGUGCGUUCAAUGUCGGGCAGUGAAACAAACCAUUGCAAUGAUUUACUGUGCAUUGCCGAAAUCUUCGAAUCGAUCGCCAAUAAAGAUGAGCAGGCGUUGGCCCGCACCCUGGAACGAUCGUCCAUCGAAACCGUGCUGCUGUUCGAGUCUGUUUACGGCAUUUCGCCACUGCUGCACUGCGUACAGACGGGCGAGAUGAGUCGGCUCGGAUUGGUGCGCCGUUUACUCGUGAGUGGCCUGUGCGAUAGUGAGACGGUUGAUAGCAAGGGCCGUACAGUGCUGGCUGGCUUGGUGGGGGCACAACAAGCGCAAACACAAGGCACCGCAGCCGGCUUUCUCGAGCGCAUGAUCGAGAUCGUCAUCGAAGGAGCCGACGAUACGACCGCCUGCUAUAGGAUGCUGAAGCACAACUCGCUAGCGCUGUUUCAGGCGUUUCUAGAGCUGAAGCAGUUCGAUGAGCGUCGGCUGUUCGAAUGCCUUACCGGUGCGCUUACAAAGCUAAGCGUUAAGCAGGUCCUACUGUCGGCAGAUUUAAGAGUGUUUGUGAUGUUUAAGUUGGCCGAUUUUGGGUUUCGGCGUUUGUCGGGCGAUUGGACGGGCGGGUGCGACAAGACUACUGAUGAGUGGAAGGACCACAUUGACGUGGUGAGCGACUGUUGGAAUGUGAUUGGUAAAAGUUACGACACCGGCUCGUACGGGGAUGUUGACGAUCGGCUGCUGCAGCGACUGCACGUGCUCCACAACCAUCUGUACUUUCUGCAGCACAAAAAGUUCCUCGACUAUUUGGCCCUGCGCGAGGCAAUAUUUUGUGUGGCCGUGUUUUGGAACGUUUUAAAAAAUCCAGCAACGUUCACGGUUUAUCGUGUUAUCGUCAACAAACGAAUAGUGAUAGAAUGUAUCCGCAUGAUUGCAUUUCAGCUGAUGAAGGUGAAACGGUUCCUUGAGCAGACAGAACAGAAGCUAUGCGAGAUUGUUAAGGAAGGCGAAAGCUUAAUAGUGAAGAAAAAAGAAUAUUUGAUCGAGGACAUCAUGAACAAAAUGAAAAUUUCGUGUAAACCGACUGUAAUUAAACAGUUUGAAGAGAAAUCAAUAGCAAUUGGAAAAGGUAACAGCAAUCGUGAUAUGCUCAUAAAAGAUAUGAUAAAAAGGAUAAGGAAAGACGAUAAAGAAUGGGCGGAUACAAAGUCACACGAGCUGAGAGCACUUCGGCAAACGCAGAAAGAAUGGUUGAUUGAACAACUUGAGACUAGGUUGAAGUGUGUCAAGCAGCCGAAAAACGUGGCCGAUCUUAUAAUGGCAGAAUUGAAACGGAACCGAGUGGACACAGUUGCGGCAAGGAUCGUAGCAAGCGAAUCAUUCGAUUUGGAGCAUCUGAUGCGAGGGAAGGAUCGACGCACCAGACGCAAAAUGAUCAAGUGCUACGGGCAGUUGAGGCAGCUUUACUCACUGGACAAAAUCGUGCUCGCCUUUGCUCAAGUGGCAAGAGUAAAUCCUGCCAACGUGGAAUUGUUCCAAGACAGUUUAAAGCGCACCGUCAUGAUACUGGGAGAGAUGUUGAAAAACACCAACAGCACCCCGAACAUGCCGAACGAUCGGUUAGAGGAUGCGAUGGGCCGCAUGAUUUCGCACCGGUUCGCGGACAUUGUCAUUUCCAUACGCAACAGCUAUGCGCGACAGUUUUCCCUCUCGCGAUUGCUGAUUGACGCAGAGUUGGAACGGCGAGUGUACAGCUUUCUUCCCAAUCAUACGGUCGCUGUAAGGAUGGUUAUAAAUCUGCUGUUUGUCCUAGUGAUGGUAGAAGUACGGCGCAGCUUCUACGGACAGUUGGUACGGUGCGGGUCGCUGGAAGCGCUGCGAUCGCUACUGAUCUAUGCUGGCGAGAAGGAUGUGUUGUUUCCUACGAUACACAUAGCUUUUGAGCAGGUUACGGGAUAUUUUUCCCUGGUGAAAGAGCUUUUAGCGGAGUUGCGUGAAAAUCCAAUAGGUAAUACGAUUGAGUUCGCGCAGUUAGAGGAACAGUUCGAGGUACAGUGUGGAAUUGUUGAGGAGGUGCAGGCGAUGCUAGCGACCGAAAGGGAGCUCGAUUAUGAGAACCUGCGCAAAACGUGCUUUUCGUGCAACGAUUUACCCACAAUACGGAGGCUGCUGCACUGGAAGAUUGACACGUACCGGCCGAAUGUGGUGCUGGAAAGUAUUUGCAGCAAAUGGAACGCCAAAACCUCGAACUUAUCGCGCAUCCACUGGAUGGACACUCGGUUAACUUGGAUCGAUACCGAAACCAUGUCCAAUAAGCUAGCUAUGAUUACAUGCGCCAUAGGAGAUGCCGAUGCAUACUACAAUAUUGGUCACACAGGCAAGCUGAUUGAACAGCUUGGCAUAGCGGAUGAAGUAGACGAGGAGGGCGUUGAUCAGCUAAAUAAAAGGCUAGCUCCGUACUACGCGAACAUAUUCUUCCUGGACAACAAGUGGAAGGUACUGGAAUCGUUCUGCAAACAGCGACGACUAUCCUGGAAUAAAACGCUCGUACGGCAACUGCGCCAGCGAGACCAGGAACUGCUGCAGACACUAUACGACGAGCGACGCCACAAACUGAAAACGAUUUUCGAGCAGAACGACAUCCAGACGGUCGAAGUGCUGCAGAUUGCUAACAUUAUAAUAAAGGAAGAUACUCUUGCCUCCCUCGAGCAUCUACAGCUGGAGUUGUGUGAAAUACUGACCGCGGUCGGUUACUUUGGCGACAGCUUUCACUGCGUCAAGCAGCGCAUUCCGAUGAUACAGGGGAAAAACUUUCGCAACCUACUGGCACACGACUCACUGUCCUACAACAUGCUGACAGACAGUGGGAACGCCAAAACGAUAUUGAAUGCAUACAUCUUUGUUCACACCGAGGUGCGUCUGUUCGAAAGCCGGCAACAGGACCCGAUCGAGCUGCACUUACCCUCGCUAGCGGAUAUGUACCGAUGGCUUGAGGAGCAGCAGCAACUCCUAGCCUCCUUCCAGUGCAAUGACGUGCGGCGGGUACACGCGCUGAUGCGAUCUGGGGGAGCAAUUACGGCCUACUUUUGCUUCACACCGAACGCUGAGCACUAUCCGGCCGCAAUGCUUUCGGCAGGCAAUACGAUACAGGGCUUCUGCGACCGGGCUCCUUCGAUUGUGCCCCUACUUGGUCGCUACUUUCCGUACCUUCGCGAGUUGUAUCAUCGGCCGGAGUUUGCGCUAGAAACUGCAAUAGUGCAACGCGAUUUCGAAACGGCGUUUAAGCUCGUCGAUGAAACGAAACCACUCGAAGGGCUGUUCUACUCGUGGCCCAAGCUUAUGAUGCGCCUUUCGCCAGCCGCUAAAGCUUCAAAGACACUCACCGAAAGACGAAAUCUGUUGGACCAAUUCCUAGAUUACGGCAACGAAGAAUGUAUUCGGGAAAUGGUUCGACUAUAUCCCGAUUUUUGUAACACCCUGGUGGAUCGUCACACAGUAGACAAAGCAAUUCUUCGAGGACUACGCUCAACUGCCGAGCUAAUGAUGCAAGGGACGAACCAAAUGUAUCUAAACGCUCUAGAACGGUUGGUCAUCCUGCACUGGAAUGAUACGUUGGAAAAUAUUACGAUAAAAUCACCAAAUAAUGAUGAGUUCAUGAGUACAAUACUUCGAGCAGCGAUAAAAGCAAGAAAUGAAACAGCGUUGAAGCACAUUCUGGGUAAAACACAAACCAAUGCAACAAUACUGGGUGAAUGUUACCUCACGGCGGCUUCCUUCGGACGGUGCAGUAUUCUGAAACAUCUGCUACAAGUGUACCCACUGGCGGAUCAAACCGUACUAUCAACUGCCAUCCACAAAGCCGCUCUUAGCAACCAGUGGCCCUGUGUACGGUUGCUAUUGGAGGCAGACGCACCGGUUGAUGUGCUAGUUACAGGCUACCAGGAUGAGGAUGCAAACGUUUUGCUGCUACUGGUCGCUAGUGGGCAAGUUAAACUGAUACGACGAAUCAGGACCUUAGAUCCAUCGAUUUACGGUACGCGCACAAACCAUCCACUUGCGGUAGCUGUGGGCAACGAUACAGCAUCCGGCAGAAUGGUACAAGCAUUGAGGGCACACGGAUUUGGCUGGCUCGACAGUUCAGCGACUCUGCAUGAAGUAAUAUUGGAAGAAUACGAACAACCUGCUUGGAAGGCAAUUUGGGGUGAAAUUGAUCACCAACUAUCGCGGUAUCAGUUUACCAAUGGUUCUGAUCAUGUUGAAUUCAACGUAAGCCUGCUUCACCGGUGGAAAACAAUCUGUUUCGUGGAAGAGUGCAACAUGGACCGAACUUCACUGUGCUGUGCGGCAGAAACGAAAAAUCCACGUGUGAUACGGGAACUUCUAGAUCGUGCCUGCAGUAUGCGCCAGAUUGAAGGCGUUGGAGUCCUCGGAGAUGUUGUAUUUCAGAAAGAGGGUUCCUUCGUACAUUACUACAAAAAAGCGGACAAUGUUACAUGGAGUAUGGAGUCGUGCUGUGCUGAUAUGAUCAGCAGAAUGGAAGGAUUACUCCAAGAAGGGAUGAUUUGGCAUGAGCUUACGAUAGUUGUUGGCAAUGUGUCCGUGAGUAUGACUGUACUGAAAGUCACGCAUGUGCCAAAGGAUGUUGCAUUGGAGUUGAGGGAUAGUACCUUACUGGAGGAUAAUCUGCAGGACCUGCUAAACUUCACCGAUGCAUUCGGAGGAUCGAAAACCGUAGUAUACGGUACGUUUUAUCAAGGACAACGUGCAAUACAUUUCUUGCGAAAUGAAGACCUUGCCUGCGUAUAUGACGUCUUCCCACCGGAUGCUUCUGUCGACUUAUCCAACACCCUGAACAUCAGAGCAGCUGAGGGUAAGACUGUUUUGGGAAAGAUUGUAGAGGCUCACUUCGAUCUGGAAACGGUUCAGCUGCUCGUGCAGCACGGUGCCAAUCCUUUGCUGGCUGACUGUCAUGGCAACUCGAUCAUCCAUAGCGCUUUGUGUAUGCUACCCGACGCAGCACUGUACCUAAUGGAAGAGUGUCUCACGCGAGAUCUACGCAAUGCCAAAGGGGACACGUUGCUGGAGUUGGACGAUCGAACCGAUGGCAACAAACUCAUACAUAUGGCCGCAUCAUGCGGCCAACAAAUCGUCGUGGCAAAGCUACUCGACCUUAACAUCGACGUAACUGUUCGGAACGCGUACGGCUGUACACCGGCCCAUGUGGCGGUAGUUGUGCCGUUGGUAAACUCAAUCUCGACGUUGAAACAGCUGCUCGAUUACGACCGGACCCCGGUGGACAUGACCGACAGGGACGGCGGUACCUUGUUGGUGUGGGCGGCCAAGACCGGGUCCAUCGAAAUGCUGAACUUGAUCAUGCAGUACAAACCUAACCUCACGCUGCCAGCUAAUCGGAGGGCACUGUACGAAGCAGUGAAUCUACAGUAUGUCGAUUGGGCGAAACGAUUUCUGCAGCAUGCCAUCGAGGCCGGUGCCCGGGAGGUGACCAAAAUGGAGGAUGCGGCGGAUGACGUUGUGAUUCUGUCGUUGCGGUGUGCGGAUUUUGAACUGUCGAAGGCGCUACUCGAGUAUGAGCUGCAGCACGGCCUAGAGGACAUAACAGAGCGCGAUCGGCCGCGCAUUGAAUCUGUGCUGAAAGCGUCUACCUCCAAGAUACCGCAAGUGCCGGUUGAGCUAUAUCUGAGCUUGAAAGGGCUGAGUGAAGAUAGGAAUUUCCUGACAUAUUUGCGGAACAUGCUAGCAAAGCUUGAACCUUCACGUGAGAAGGAUUUCAAUUAAAAGCAUUUCAUGUGAUCAAGAUAGUGUAAAACCGUAGUCUCCCUGAGUUUAGUAAUAAAAAAUUUACUCAAAAUGACA